GUGGAAAAUCAAUGGCUCGGAAAACGAAUAAUCUUCUUCAACCCUGGAACAUCGUCCAACUUUCACUUUGUCAUCGCUUUAGAGGCCAGGUGUUCUUCACCACAGUACGAUUUCUCAGAAGAGCUAGACGCGCACACUGAGAUGGUCGCUACAAUGUCGAUGCUCGUAUCUUUGAGAGACAGGAUUCUUUGGCCCGAGCAGCAACGCUGCAGGAAUACGGGCGUUCCUUCUGAGGAAAUUGACUUGGACGAUCUGCAAAAAUGGAGUAUCCUCAUCAAGAUGAUAAGACGCACCCGUUUUGGGAGAUCGUCGAACAUAAUCACACACAGAUCUCGUAAAGUGCGGUGUAUCGUUAUCAUCGGGCUCUCAUAUCGUGGCUUACCCCUUUCCGCUUUAACAUUGCCACAAUAA